AUGAGGUGGGCGCUGGCCGGCUCCGCUCGGCCCCGACGCCCCGCACCGUCCCGACUCCUGAAAGCCUGCCGCGCUGUGGCUCCCUCCCAGCCCCAGGCCCGCUCGGCCGAGACGGUGCCCCUCGGGCUCUCAGUGGAGUCGCCUCACGUCCAGGCUCUUUCUCGCCGAGGCCCCCUUCGCGUACCCCUGAGGCUCCGCGGCGUCCCUCUUCUCCGGCCGUCUCUGCUGGAGCGCCUCCGAACCCAGCCUCGACUCCUGGAGCCCCCCCAGGGCCUGCCCGGAGAAGUGCACGCACUUCUUUCCCACAUGUGGGCCUUCCUGGUGAGACUCGAGUACAUCCUGUGCCUGUCUUCAGCCUUUUCAGUGAUGUCUCAGCUCCACCAUGACCUCUCCCCCAGGAUUAACCAAACUCACCUGACCCCCUCUCAGCUAAAGAUCCGCAGAGUGGGUCUGAAAGUUAGGGGCUCAAACUUCACGCUAGAAGGCUUUCCAUUCCUGAUCGUAGCAGGCACUGUGCACUAUUUCCGGGUGCCCAGGGGUUACUGGAGAGACAGCUUGCUGAAGUUAAAGGCCUGUGGCUUCAACACCCUCACCACGCAUGUUCCCUGGAACCUCCAUGAGCCAAGAGUAGACCAAGUUUCUUUCACUGGAAACCUGGAUUUGAUGACUUUUAUAUCCAUGGCUUCAGAGGUGGGACUCUGGGUCAUUCUGUGUCCAGGCCCUUAUAUCGGUAGUGACCUAGACCUUGGAGGCUUGCCCAGCUGGCUACUCAAGGACCCGAAAAUGAAGCUGAGAACAACUUACAAGGGCUUCAGGAACGCAGUGAAUCGCUAUUUUGACAAGCUGAUUUCCAAGAUAGUACCACUCCAGUAUAACCAGGGAGGUCCCAUCAUUGCUGUGCAGGUGGAAAAUGAAUAUGGUUCAUAUUAUCUGGAUAAAAAGUACAUGCUGUACGUUAAAAAGGCCCUGGUGACAAGAGGGAUCAAGGUGCUGCUCAUGACUGCGGAUACUGGACUAGAACUGAAAAGAGGCUACUUAAAAGAUGUGCUUGCCACUCUCCACAUGAAGAAUAUCAAGAAAGUAACUUAUCAAGAGCUUUCUUCAAUUCAGGGCCAUAGCCCCAUAAUGAUGAUGGUAUAUACAGCGAGCUCUUUUGACACGUGGGGUGCUCUCCGCAACAGUCUGGAUCAUCAUGUGCUAAUGAUGGAGGUGCGUGAAAUGUUCAAGCUUAGGUUCUCCCUCAACUUCUAUAUGUUCCAUGGUGGCACCAACUUUGGCUUCAUGGGUGGAGCCGCAUCUUUGAACACUUAUCUCCCUACAGUCACCAACUAUGACUAUGGGGCACUGCUGACUGAGGAUGGAGAAUACACACCUGAGUAUAUCACAUUCCAGGAGUAUUUUGGCUCUGUUUUAGAAGUUCCCAUGUCCCUCCAACCAGGCCAUAAACAGAAGACUGUAUAUAAGUCAGUGGUGCGGCUACAAUUCGUGUUACUGUGGGAAAUCCUGCCCUACCUGGACCCGCCAAUGAAGUCUGCCAAGCCAGUGUCCAUGGAGAUGCUGCCUGUGAACCAGGGCAGUGGCCAGUCCUACGGGUACACGCUUUAUGAGACUUACAUCUCCACAGGAGGCAUCCUCUCCUCAAGGGGUCAUGUUCAGGAUCGCGCUGAGGUGUUUCUCAAUGAGCAGCAUAUGGGAGUCCUGGAUCACUCCACUGACCAUCUGAAUAUUACGAGAAAUGGCUACCAGGACCAGCACGCCCUGAGGAUCCUGGUGGAGAAUCAAGGCCGACUUGCCUACGGGAAGGCUAUCAACACGGAGAGGAAAGGUUUAACUGGGGACAUCUAUCUGAACAAUUCUCCACUAAGAAAAUUUACAAUCUACAGCCUGGACAUGAACAUAAAAUUCAUACAAAGGACAAUUCCCAAGAUCUGGAAACCGGUCUCAAACCGAGUUAAGGGCCCUGCCUUCUUCCUCGGUUUCCUGAAAGUUGGGGAGCCCAAAGACACCUUCAUAAAAAUGGAGGGCUGGACCAAAGGGGUCAUCUUCAUCAAUGGACAAAACCUAGGACGCUACUGGAGUUUAGGUCCCCAGGAGACCCUUUACCUUCCAGGACCAUGGCUUCAUUCUGGGCAAAAUGAGAUCAUCGUGUUUGAGGAAUUGACAGGUGGCCUAGCGAUCCAGUUCGUAAACAUGCCUUUUCUAGGAUACUGAGUCUCACGUGGUGUGGAAAUGGGAAAUAGGCUGAGCUGAGUCAUUUCAACAGUGGUGCCGUGAGUAGCCGUCAGUCCUGACACCCAGCUCAUGGGAACUGCCCUGGCCUCUCCGUCUGUGCCAAGCCCUGCUGGGAUCUGCCAUCCACCCCUAACCUGCCCUUACCUUCCUCUUCUGGCUUCAGUUGGCCAACCUGUCUCUGAUGUUUACACCAAGAUAAACCUACCCAAUGCACACCUUCGCAAUAUUGCUAUGGUAGAAGCUGUUUGACCCCCAAAUCAAAUGUUGAAAAAAAUGAGAAGAUGCUCAGAAUAUUUGACCUCAGAAGUGUAAAUCUGAAGCAAAAGUGAUCUUCCCAAGAAAUCAAAUAAAAUAUAAAAGUUAAUGCAGGAAAUGUCAGGAAGCUCAUAUAUAUUUUGUGUUUUCAGUGUUUAAAAAAGGUGUUUUACUUUUACUUUUCAGUGGUCAUUCCAUUCCGUUGGGUUUCCAUACGCAGGGGCAAGCCCGGCUUCUUUGAGACUCAUGGCAGCUGGCUCUGCCUUACCUUGUCAUCGUUGGCACCUGAUUCACAGCCCUGUUGAUCUCCUGUCCUGCUGCCAUCCUCCUGCCGAUGGCCCCAAGCCUUCUGAACCAUUACAGAGGGCAGAGAGAGCCAUUCGAGCUCCUGGGGUGAUCCACUUGGUGGCACAGCACAAGGCAGGCAGAGGGAAGACCUCUGGAGUUUUAUUCUUUCAAGCCACUACAGGUUCCAGUGUGGUAUAAACAGGCCCUGGGUUAGCUGACAGGUUCUCUGUGAGGCUUGGAAGAGUGUGUCACUAUAGAGGCAGCCGGCAUUGCAUUGGGGGCUGCAAAGGGGAGCCCAAGCUAAGACCAAGAGGAAUCCAGCCAGACCCCAGAAGCUUGGUGAGCUCCCAUGGGAGCUGGGGUGAGGCCAUUGCACCGGGGUUGCCAGACCCCGGUUGAGAGAGUCAAGGUCAGGAGUACACCCCUUGCAUACUGCACCUGUAAGUGCCAGGGGCCAGCAUUGCCCACAUGGACAAGGUCCUCCACAGUCCAAGCUGGUCAUAGGGCAAGAGCUGUCUGUUCAGGGGUCUCCUUCAUUGCCCCACCCCAAGCCUGUGUCUCAGCUGAAGCCCACAGAGGAGGAAGCAGUACAGAUGGCAGCUCAGCUCCAUUUGUCCAUCUCUUCCUUCUCUUUCCCCUGUCACCCAGAGCCCAGAAGCAUUCCCAUAUAAUAGCCUCAUCCUUCCAUAAACUUUAGCAUGCAGCACAGUCACCUGGAGGGCUUGUUCAAACAUGGACUGCUGGGCCCUGUCCCCAGGAUUGUUGACUCGGAGUGUCUGGGGCCCGAGGACUUGCAUUUCUCGCAAGGUCCCAGGUGGCGCUCCUAUUGCUGGUCUGGGGAUCCCACUUUGAGAACCUUUACCAUAAAGUAGGUCUCAACCUCAGCACUCUCAGCCUGUGGGUAGACAGUUCUUUGUGGUGGGGGCUGACCUGUGCAUUGCAGCGUGUCUAGCAAUAUCCCUUGGUUUCUACUCCCUGGAGGUGAACAGCACCCCACCCCCAACUGUGAUAGUCAAAACUGUCUGCCGGCAUUGCCCGAUGUCCUCUGGGGAUCAGAGUCCCGCAGGGUGAGAACUGCUUCCAUGGAGCUUACCUGAUUCUCCCAGUCAGAAAUGGUACUCUUCCUACCGUCCAGGAAAGUGCUAGGAGUUGGGGCUUCGUGGAUCAGCCCUUAAUAAAUAAAGGACAAAGAUGAAGGAAUUUGGAAAAUCUCUCAAGACAGUGGUCAAUCUGUGACCCCAUUUUUCUUCUGCACAAUUCUAGUGCUGAGUAACAAAAAGCUUGUUACUUCUUUAUUUCUCUUUGUUCUACUUUUGAAACAAAUUCUGAUGUUCCCACAGAUAAAUGGAUUCCUUGGGUAAAUUGGGAUAAAAGCCAUGUAUGUGGGAGGCUGAAGGGAAAAUCAUCACAUUGCACUUUACAAAUGUUUCUUCCUUUAUUCCUAUAAACAAGCAUGGGAAGGGUGGUGCUGCAGUCCUGUCUACAAAAGGGACAGCUCCUCUGCUGCCAGGCCCUGUUUCCCUCUUCAUGACCUCUCAGGGCCCCAGGCAACAUGAACUGUCAAAUAUGCUCAUCUGAAAGCACUGGGAGAAACGUUAAGGGGAUAUAAUGGUGGUGGUGGUGAUGAUGGUGGUGUUUUUUCCCUGAUAACCUGAGGUUCGUGCCUUGGUGGAAUGCCAGAUCAAAUUAUAGAAGCUACCAUUUCUCUACCUGAGUUGGAAUAUAAACAUUCAUCUAUAUGAAUUUAUUAUUUAUUUACUUAGUUUUAGAAACAAGGUCUCGCUCUGUCACCCAGGCUGGAGUACAGUGGCUCAAUCAGAGCUCACUGUAACCUCAAACUCCUGGGCUCAGGUGAUCUUCCCACCUCAGCUUCCAAGUGGCUAGGACUUCAGGUACAUGCCAGUAUACCCAGCUAACUUUUUUUAAAAAAAAUUUUGUAGAGACAGGAUCCUUCUAUGUUGCCCAAGCUGCUCUCAAACUCCUGCCCUCAAGAUAUCCUCCUGCCUUGGCCUCCCAAAAUGCAGGGAUUACAGGUGUGAGCAAACACACCCAGCCUCAUCUAUAUGAAUUUAGUCUGCACAUUUUAACGAAUCUUUAAAAAACUACUUGUAAAAUAUUGAUAUACUAUGAAAGGAGAAUAUCCAUCAUAAAUAUCUAGAAAGGUUAUUAGGAUACUCCUUUUUCCAGUUACGUAUUUGUGUGAGGCUAGAUCUUCACAUAUGUCAAUCAAAACAAUGGAAACACUCUUCCCCCUGGGUUACCUACUUGGCUUACUCCCUGGCCUCCUUCCAGUUUCUGCUCAAGUCAUAUCCUAGAAUAAUGCUUAACAGUUGUAUUAAAAUCCAUUGGUCUAAUUUUGCAUGGAUCUUUUACUCAAAUCAUGAUUUUAUAACAUUAUGCAUUAGGUCACUGAAUUAUGCAGAUCUUCAAAAUUUCAUUAUCUAAUAUGAAAACAUUCAGUCAUCAAUAUCACCACCAAUCUCACUGAGAAAGAAUUUAAGAUUUGGGAAGCUAUCAAGCUACUGGACAGUGGGCACAAAUUUUCUAAACUAUUAAGUUUUAACUGAAAGCCUGAGUUUUGUCAUUGACAAGUAUAGUCAGUUGUUCUAUUUGAAGUGACAGGCUCACAUCAUUCAUUUUUCCCCUCUUUUUAAAUGAUAACUUAUUGAGAUAAAAUUCAUGUAACAUAAAAUUAAUCCUCUUAGGGUAUAAAGCUCAGUGGCUUUUAGUUAUAUUCACAAAGCUGUGCAACCAUCACCACUACCUAACCUCAGACAAUUUUCAUUACCCCGAAAGAAACCCCUACACAUUAGCACUGACUCCCCAUUUCUGCCUCCCCAGCCCCUGGCAACCACUAAUCUACUUUCUGUCUCUGUGGAUUUGCCUAUUCUGGACUUGUAACUG